CACUCGCGGCGCAGUCCUACCUGCGACUCCGAUCGCGUCGGGUCUGUCGAGUGUUCGACGCUGUCGGGCUAACUGUAGAGUGUCCAGAAAGGUAUUCGCGGAGAACUGAGCGGUCGGACCGUCGGUUCCGGGUAUCGAGUAUCGAGUGUCGCGCGCGUUCGCAUUCGCGCAAAGCGGUAAAAGCGCGAUCGGGUGAGAAAAACCGUCGCGAGUGCCGUAGCACGUUGCGCGCCGCAUUGUGUCACGACGUAUACGCGAGUCAUCGGGAGCCGAGAAGGACGGACGAUUCUCGACGGAGGAAGAGAGAUACGCGAGAGGGAGGGAACCGUAGGGCGUGAGAGAGAGAGAGAGAGACGGAGAAGAAGCAGCGGAGAAAGGACAGGCGGAAAAGGAUUAUAUAUUCGGGCAACAUGGCCACCGCGAUCGACGACCGGCAGGAGCUGUUGGAGCAAUUCCGAGCGAUUGAUGCGAACGGAGAUGGCUUCAUCAAUGUUACUGAGUUACGGAACGCUUUAGAUGUUUGCGGAUUUAAAAUGCCGGGCUAUAAAGUGCGCCAGAUGAUCGAGGAGUACGAUGAUAAGCAGCGGCUGGAGCACAAAGGUCGGCUCUCCUUCGAAGAAUUCGAGAAGCUCUGUAAGGAACUCAAAGCCAACGAACUGGGCUCCACAUUCAAGCAAGUUGUGUCGAAAAAGGAGAAUCUCGAGACUCUGGGUGGAAUUUCCGAGGCGUCUAGCGAAGGAACCACGCAUUCCGUCAGACUCGAGGAACAACUGGCGUUCAGCGAUUGGAUAAAUACCAAUCUGCUGCAUGAUCCCGAUUUGAAGCACCUGCUGCCCAUCGAUCCCGAGGGAAAGGCACUUUACGACAAAGUCAAAGACGGAAUAUUACUUUGUAAAAUAAUAAAUCACUCUUGUCCGGACACCAUUGACGAGCGUACGAUUAACAAGAAGAACUUGACGCUAUACAAGAAGCACGAAAACUUGACACUGGCUCUGUCCUCGGCCCAAGCUAUUGGUUGCAACAUCGUAAACAUCGACGCCCACGACCUCACUAAAGGUUCGCCUCAUUUGGUGCUGGGUCUGCUCUGGCAGAUUAUUCGAAUUGGCUUGUUCAACCAGAUCACACUCGAAAAUUGCCCCGGCCUAGCCACUCUUCUACAGGACGGUGAACGAAUUGAGGAUCUGUUGAAGUUAUCUCCUGAGUCAAUUCUUCUCAGAUGGGUGAACCAUCACUUGGAGAAUGCCGGUAUCGCCAGGCGGUGUAAUAAUUUCCAAUCUGACAUCACGGAUUCUGAGAUUUACACUUAUCUCAUCAAACAAAUCGCACCCAGCACGGCUGGUGUCACCUUGGAAGCUUUGAUGGAACCGAAUCACAUGUCUAGGGCGGAGAUUAUGCUUCAGCAGGCCGCAAAACUAGGCUGUCGUAGUUUUGUGACGCCUAGCGAUGUCGUGAACGGUAUUUACAAGCUCAACUUAGCUUUUGUUGCCAAUAUGUUUAAUAAUUACCCUGGAUUAGACAAGCCAGAAAGCAAUAUUGAAGGUUUAGAGUCUCUAGAAGAAACACGAGAGGAAAAAACCUAUAGAAACUGGAUGAACUCGAUGGGCGUUACACCGCAUGUCAACUGGCUCUACUCAGAUCUUGCUGAUGGUUUGGUAAUUUUUCAAUUGUACGAUAUCAUUAAGCCAGGCACUGUAAAUUGGAACAAAGUGCACAAGAAGUUCACAAAACUUCGAAAGUUCAUGGAAAAGCUAGAGAACUGCAAUUACGCCGUCGAGCUAGGCAAGCAGAUGAAUUUCUCGCUCGUAGGAAUCGCUGGACAAGAUCUUAAUGAUGGCAAUGCGACUUUGACAUUGGCCCUGAUAUGGCAAUUAAUGAGAUCAUAUACGUUGUCAAUUCUGACAUCUCUGGCUGGUACUCAGGGAAGUACUGUGGAAAAAGAAAUUGUUCAAUGGGUAAAUUCAAAACUUCAGGGUGCUGGAAAGACUAGCAGUAUCAAAGGAUUCCAAGAUUACUCGAUAUCGGACGGCAAAGUUGUUCUCGAUCUCAUCGACGCCAUCAAGCCCGGCUCCGUUAAUUACGAUCUCGUUAAAGAGGGCGGAACUGAAAAUGAGAGUCUAGACAACGCAAAAUAUGCGAUAUCUUUGGCGCGAAAAUGCGGUGCACGUGUCUACGCUCUACCGGAGGACAUUACAGAGGUGAAACCGAAGAUGGUGAUGACGGUAUUCGCUUGCUUGAUGGCGAUGGACUACAUUCCGAAUAUGGAUUCCGUGAAAAAUCAACAGAACAACGUAAACAACGGUCAAUAAUGUUCAAUUCGUCGUCGCAUUGUUCCACCUAAUAUGUGCCGUUUAUCUUUUGUACACAAGAACUCUUGGUCGGAUCGCACCGCCUCACGCUUCUUCCACGAGCGUAAUAUUUGUAUAUACGUAGAUUAAGUUAACUUGUUUUUGAAGAGAAUAUUAGGAAUUACUGCUAGGAAGAAUUCAUGAAAAGAGAAGGGGAACUCCUUUAGAAUUCUAACUUGAACUCUGCUGUUUAAUCCCUGUUUGUUUAUUGAAUGAAAAAAUGUGUGAGGUUUAUAACAAAAAAUGCCAAGAUGUAUACUGAAACAAUAUCACUGUAAAGUCUGGAUAUUUUUUUAUCAAAACAUAUGUCCAUAUAGUCAAUUAUCUAUGUAUGUGCGAUAUAGGAAUUCAAAAUUUAAAAUAGUUUUUGAAUAGACUUUUUAUUAUAAAAUAUGGCGAUAAUAAUUUUGACUUAAAAUUUACGAUAUAUUCAAGAUUUACAGUAUAUGGAACCGAUACUUCUCGUGUAUUUACUUACAAAAUAAGAAAGGUACAGAUUGUCAUGAGUAAGCUCAAAUCGGCACUAUUUAUUCUAAAUAUUCUUUUCUACUAUAUGUGACUGAUUGUUGUGUCUUAUUGUAUAAAGUGGAAUUCUCCUUCUCCAUUGUUUAUGCAAUCAUAUCACUCAUUUCCAUUAUACAUACAUAUACUAUGUCAAAUUUGUAUAAAUCGAUUUUAUAGUGAAUACUCGCGUAAAGAGCGAGCCAAUAAAACACAUGCUAGAAAAAUCAUCAAGAAAUAUUUAAAAUACAUAGUUACAUAUUCAGUGAAGUAUACAGGGUAUUCCGGCACUAAUUGCAACGACAGUCUUUUAAAAAAAUAUUAAUUUUGAGUCUGUGCAAAAUCAUUGAAUAUUAAAAAGAAAUGAUAAUUUUUUAUUUGUCAAGAAAUAAAAUUAAAGUUUCGUAACGCACACAUCUAUUCUAUAUACAUUUUAAGUAGAUAAAUUGUCCUGCACGUGCUACAUAAAACAAUAAUUUAAUAAAACGCAGUACAGUCAUAAAUAUAUAUUUAACACGGAAUAUACAUACGUAUUUGAUAAUCUAGAUGUAAGAGAUUUGUGAUCUAUUUAAACGAUUAUUAUUUUACGCGCUCUUAGUGAUUCACAAUAUCUAAUAGGCGAUAAUAACGGUCUAAAGUUUUCUAAUUAACUCUAUUUUUCUGCUCAUUAAUAGGAGUGAAUUUUUGAUCCAGCAUAAUUUACAAUGACUGUACAAACUAUAUAUACAUUCCUCUCUAUUUCUAUUCUGUUUUUUUAUAUUUUUAUUACACAAGAAUAUUAAUAAUUUUUUAUAUAUUACUUUGUCUGGCUCUAAACAAGAACUAAUUGAAGAAAUAUUAAAGAAGAAGGCCUUUUGAUCAUUUUUACUCAUGAAAUCUGUUUCCUCACUAGCGCGGCAGUAACUUCUAUGUCAUUAAUGUAUUCGACGUAAUGCAUACUCAAAAAAUAUCGGUCGAUUAAUCGCGUGCUUUGUAAAUGGACGACGGAUAAUAAUUAUCAUAUUGACGCACAAAAAUAAUUGUAAUCGUGCCAUUAUAAGUAUUGUGAGGUUUAAAACAUGAUUCAAUAUUUAUAAUUGAUUCGGAUUGAAACGUACUUAUGGAUCUAAAAAUGAAUACUAAAUCUAUAUUCACGAUUGCUCUCUAUGAAUGGAAAGGUUGAAAAACGCAAGUUCCUCUUAAUCUUGCAUGUCUUUGCAACAUGUUUUUCAUACACAUAAUAUAUGUAUAUACAUAUAUAGAUUGGAGAAUUAAAUGCUUUUACAAAAUAAAUGCCCCCUUUAUAAACAAGCAAAGGUUCAAUCGUAAGAUAAACCGUAGCUAAAAUUCUUUUAGAAAUAUUUUAGGACAAACGCUCCAUUGUAUGUAAUUAAUUUUUGUGCGCUAAAUUUUAAAAUUGCUGCAAGAGAUGUGAAUAUUGAUAAAAUUUAAAAAUUUAACACAUUUUCUUUGCUAUAAUUGUGUAAUUAUUAACUUAAAUUACAAUGAAUCAAUUGUUAAUUCUAAGAUAACAGAUGUUAAACACAGUUAUGGUAGAUAUGAAAAAUUGUCUACAAUGAAUUAAGUGCAAUGCAUAUUAUCGCGAUUUGGGUUACUUUGUAGAUGUAUUACUCUAUUACUUUUCCAAAUUUGUUUUUUUUAUAUAUUAAAUUUAUUGUCUUAAAGUAUCAUUAAUAUAUUCAUCAAUGUCAAAAUUGCAUUAUUAUUCCCAAGGAAACGAGGUAAAUAAAUAUGUAUGUAAACUUGUGAUUAUAACAUAUUCAUAUAAUGUAUACCAAAAAAAAUUAGGGAAAAAGAGCUAAAGCUAAAAAAUGGAAUUUAAUAUUUCGUGACGCAGAUUUGAAAUGUUUAUAUUAAUCCUGUAUGCGAUCUCACGCCAUUCAUAAAUUUUGAGGGCCAUUUGCAAUUCGACUAAUUAGAAUUAAGUAUCGCAAUCAUUGUAUAACUCAAUUUAUGAUCAUUGUAUACAUUUUAACAUAGACACAUACGCGCGUAUAUAUACACACACAUACGCAUGCAUUUUAUAUUGUGUGUGUAUGUAAACAUGCGUCCAUCGUUCUAGUUAUAAUUUAAUGUAUACGUAAUUUAAAUAAAAGAAAUUUACUAUGUA